GGCGGGCUGCGGCCGGCGCUCGGCGACGUGGAGGGCAACCCGGGCCUGCUGUACGUGCAGUACAGCCGCAACCGCAACGUGGAGGGAGCCGCCUUCUGCUGGCUCGUCGGCUGCUACUCGCUGCUCAUCGUGCUGGGCGCCGCCGGCAACUCGCUCGUCGUCUGCGCCGUGGUGCGCAAGCGCGCCAUGCGCACCGCGCGCAACCUCUUCAUCGUCAACCUGGCCGUCUCCGACCUGCUGCUCUGCCUCGUCACCAUGCCGCUCACGCUCAUGGAGAUCCUCACCAAGUACUGGCCGCUCGGCCGCGAGCCCGUCGUCUGCAAGAUGCUCGGCACCCUGCAGGCGACGAGCAUCUUCGUGUCAACGAUGAGCAUCACGGCGAUCGCCUUGGACCGCUACCACGUGAUCGUGUACCCGACGCGCGAGAGCCUCAAGAAGGUGGGCGCGGCGGCCAUCCUGUCCCUCAUCUGGCUGCUGUCGCUGGUGCUGGCGUCGCCCAUGUUCGUGUGGCGCUCGCUGGACCAGCACGAGCUCAACCUGCCGGGCCUCCAGUACGUCUCCUACUGCGUCGAGAAGUGGCCCGUGGCGCACGGCCGAGCCUACUACUCUGCUUUCUCGCUCGUUUUCCAGUACCUGCUGCCGAUCAUCACCGUCACCAUCGCCUACUCGCGCAUCUGCAGGAAGCUCCGCUACAGGAUCAGUUACGUUUUUUACGCGGCGUCGACGCGCGCCCGCAAGGGCAAGGACGACCGGCGUAUGCGGCGCACCAACGCCCUGCUCUACUCCAUCGCGCUCAUCUUCUGCGUCAGCUGGCUGCCGCUCAACAUCUUCAACCUCGUCGUGGACGUGUGGAACCCGUUCAGCGGGUCGCAGGCGAUGCUGGUGACGUACGCCGUGUGCCACAUGAUGGGCAUGUCUUCGGCGUGCUCCAACCCGCUGCUGUACGGCUGGCUCAACGACAACUUCCGCAAGGAGUUCCUGGAGAUCGCGGCGGCGCUGUGCCCGUGCGCGCCCGCCGCCCAGGCCGCUGUGCGCGAGCGCGUCGGCUCCCUGCGCUCCAGCCUCGCCGGCCGGGGGCGGCGCGGGGGC